AUACAUCAGUGGAUACUACAGAGUGUCAUCUUAUUUCUUUGGAAAACUGUUAUCUGAUUUAUUACCCAUGAGGUCAUUGCCAAGCAUUUUAUUCACUGUUAUAGUGUACUUUAUGUUAGGACUGAAACCAGCGGUGGAGGCUUUCUUCAUCAUGAUAUUCACCCUUAUGAUGGUGGCUUACACAGCCAGUUCCAUGGCAUUUGCCAUUGCAGCGGGUCAGAGUGUGGUGUCUGUAGCAACACUUCUCAUGACCAUCUCUUUUGUGUUUAUGAUGAUUUUUUCUGGUCUCUUGGUGAAUCUCAGGACCAUUGCAUCUUGGCUAUCCUGGCUUCAGUACUUAAGCAUUCCUCGAUACGGCUUUACGGCUUUGCAGCAUAAUGAAUUUAUUGGGCAAAACUUCUGUCCAGGCCUCAAUACAACAACCAACAAUACCUGUAGUAACGACUAUGCGAUAUGUACUGGCGAAGACUACUUGAUAAAUCAGGGCAUCGAUCUCUCAUCUUGGGGAUUGUGGAGGAACCACGUGGCGCUGGCUUGUAUGAUGAUUAUCUUCCUCAUAAUCACCUACCUAAAAUUGUUAUUUCUUAAAAAAUAUUCUUAAUUUCUCCUUUAAUUUGCCACAAAUUACCCUCCCAUUAAAAA